GUUUGUCACCUGCCCAAUACAUUUGACACAAAGUGAACGAACGAAACAAACAGUAAUGUUUGGCAGCAAACAUUGCAUCAUUAUCAUCAUCAUUGAUGGUCCCCCUCAUAUCCAGCUCGCUAGCAACAUCUGUGCUUCUUGUUCAUGGGGAACCUUCAUAAGCAAGAGUGGAUAGAUGUUUGAGGGAACCAUGCCGCCAAGGACCGCCACCUUCAGCUAGCUGCCCUACACGUGAUUUUCAAACCCUCUGAUCCUAAUUUUUCGCCCACUUCUUUUUGAUUUUGAUAACGUCGCUGCCAUCGGUACAAUCUGUAUCCGUUGUGAUGCUCAACUUUCGAGUAGUUCCCUCUUGGACGUCAUCGGCCGUCAACUGCAACAAUUGCAAGCCACCACUGUCGCACUCGUUUCUUUUAACGCGCGCUUCGUUUGUUUUAAUAGCAAUUUACGUGGCUGUCACCUCUACUCCGCAGGGUAACAUCUUUACUCAGCCACCACCACAACACGAGACCUGGUUCGUGCCGGUUCGAUUGCCGUUUAACCUCGGUCGGAUUCAAAAAAAAAAAAAAAAAAAAAAAAAAAAAAAAAAAAGAAAUCGUCGAAAAGUCAAUGCCUACCUACCGGUAGGUACGGUAUACAAG